UUACUUAAAUUAUUAGUAACAUUUUAAAAUUAUUAGUGAUAUAUGUUUAAUAACUAGAAAAUAUUGUAAUAUAAAAUGACACACGCAUAUUACGCGGACGCAUGGAGAAAAUCAAAUAGGCGACAAAGAGUAUGGUACACCGAACAUUUGAUGCCGGCUCUGCUGGCUGCGAAAGAGAAACGGGUUAGAGAUAUCGACACUCUUAUAGCUAUGACGCAGGAAUUAAUCGAUAUUUAUAACGAACCGGCUGCGCAAGCAAAACCCGUGAGUCCUCGUAUUGUGGAGCAAAGUGAAGAUCUCAAUCUGAUGAAACCUAUUGAACCCGAAGUGCUGAAUUUAUUGUAUGGUAGCACAGAAAAGGGUGCUGCUGAAAGAUAUCUUAAGGCUAGGUACAAAAAGGCACCCGAAGAUAAAUUUUACUUCCGUGUCGCAACCAACUUUGACUAUGGAUGGCAACAAAAGCAGGGUCGAGUGGCUCGAGACGUGAAUCGUGGGCGUUGUGCGAUACUACGGGAUACGUUCUAUCGCAAAAACAAUCUAGGACCAGAUCCCAUACAUUACUCGCAACCUGCCGGCGGCGAAAUAUCGAUUUGCAGCGAAUAUUCAUGUCAUUUCAAUUAAAACACGUUAAGAUUGCCAUGGAUAAGAAAAAAUGGUUUGAUGUCUCGCGUCAAGCUAAAUUUCAGACAAAUGGUUGGACAGGUGAAAGCUGGAUUAUAUUUUAUAAUAAUAAUAGCCAUUUCAGAUACUUUUACACGAACACGAUCUAUUCUAUGUUAAUCUUCUUUUUGGUAUCUGUGUGUCCUUUAUUUGACAAGGGCCACCAAAUAUUGCCAUUCCAGUCUCUAUACCAUUAACAGUUUCUUUAAUUUGGCCUUUCCAGUCUCUAUACCAUUGACAGUUUCUUUAAUUUGGCCAUUCCAGUCUCUAUACCAUUAACAGUUUCAUUAAUUUGGCCAUUCCAGUCUCUAUACCAUACACAGUUUCUUUAAUUUGGCCAUUCCAGUCUCUAUACCAUACACAGUUUCUUUAAUUUGGCCAUUCCAGUCUCUAUACCAAUAACAGUUUCUUUAAUUUGGCCAUUCCAGUCUCUAUACCAUACACAGUUUCUUUAAUUUGGCCAUUCCAGUCUCUAUACCAAUAACAGUUUCUUUAAUUUGGCCAUUCCAGUCUCUAUACCAUUAACAGUUUCUUUAAUUUGGCCUUUCCAGUCUCUAUACCAAUAACAGUUUCUUUAAUUUGGCCUUUCCAGUCUCUAUACCAAUAACAGUUUCUUUAAUUUGGCCUUUCCAGUCUCUAUACCAAUAACAGUUUCUUUAAUUUGGCCAUUCCAGUCUCUAUACCAUACACAGUUUCUUUAAUUUGGCCAUUCCAGUCUCUAUACCAUACACAGUUUCUUUAAUUUGGCCAUUCCAGUCUCUAUACCAAUAACAGUUUCUUUAAUUUGGCCUUUCCAGUCUCUAUACCAAUAACAGUUUCUUUAAUUUGGCCUUUCCAGUCUCUAUACCAUACACAGUUUCUUUAAUUUGGCCAUUCCAGCUUAGUUGUCUUCCUCCUUUGCAUUUAUUGUUGAACACCAGUUUAUUGUUCCACUUUUCUGUUUGUCUUGUCAUGUGUCCCGCCCAUUUCAUUGUAACAUCUGCUACCUUAUUUGCUCUUCUUACCUAUGUAUUCUUUAUUAUUUCCCUAUCCAUAUAGGAUAGAAAAUGUUUUAUAGA